UAUCUGGCGUUUGAGGUUGUCCCCGAGUCCUCGUCUUGUGCGAUUACGCAAUAUGACGACAUUAUUGGCAGGUGCAACAACAUACAUAUUUGUCUGAACUCUGUACAGUUAUUAUAAACUGUAUACAGGGUUAAGUGCGGUUGUGAAGGUUACACCGUAAACCUUUCCACAUAAUUAAUGCUAUAUGCAUAAAAGACCUCUGAAAUUAAUUUAGAGUCUCGUAAAUAAGAAGCCAGAAAGAAGAAAUGUAGUAAUUUGGAGUGAUCUAUACAUUAUGGUGGUGGCAAUGGCGUAUAUUUUCUGGUGCUAUAUAACUGAAUGUUAAUAUUAAUACAUAAAUAUUUGCUUUACAUUACAGUACUAUGUGUUUCGAAAUGUGUAUUCAAGAUCAUUUCACAGCCAGAAUUAAACGAUUACAUUUAAAUUACUGUAAACUUCUCGGACACUGAUAAAAAAAUAACACAACUUUAAUGCUGCCAACCUUUAAAACUAAUUCGAAAUGAAAUCAGCUAAUUAGCAAUGCUGAGUGGUGCUGAUGAUAUGUUGCGAAAUAGUGUAAAUGCUUCGCAUGUGAUGACAGAUCGCGAAGAGUCAUUUCUCAAAGAUUUCUUUACCCAUGUUGCAAAUUUGGGUUCUGAUAAAGCCAAAGAACUCGUGGAAUAUGAACGCGAGUCAAAACAUGGUCAGUCUGGCCCCUGGGGGAUGCUAGUCACUCACCUACCUCAAAUAGCAGUUGCUGAGCGAUCAUAUGGAGAUCUUGGAUUUUUACUCACUAAAAAUAAAGGAUUUCUCAGGAAAGAUAAUUCAUUGAAAUCAAUGUAUGAUUCUGCCCGAUCAGACUUCAGACGAGUGGAGGAAAUGACAAAAUUUACUAAUUCAGAUCGGCUACCCUCUACAUUUAACAAUGAGAUGAGAACGUUCACCUCAGUUGCUAAUGAAUUGUGUUUGUUUCUCACAGCACGUAUUGAAUUAAUUGAUCUCUAUGAAAAGAUGCAUCUCAUGGGCUCAGGAAAGCAGAUGAAAUACGAAGAAGUGCUUGCACAGGUUGAAGACAUCAUGGAACGAAAUGCACCAUCUGUUCCUCAGAUGUGUCUUACUCCUAUAGAAAAUAUGCUCAGCUUGGAAUGUGAGAUACUGAUCCAUUUGCUGAGAGCACAACUUGAAAUGCAGAUGUGGAAGUUCUUUCCGUCCCUUAUGCUACUUCAUCUUGCUUCUACCCGACUCGCUGCCUGGGAAUCCAAGCUUCAGAACAGAGAGUCUUGGAAAUUAGGUUUUGGUGCUACGUUCUUGAAAACAAGUCAAUUACCAGCACUCUUGCAAUGGUUACUGAAGUUGAAGACUGUGUUUCUGGCAAAAUUUUCUCUGUACUUCUACUCAACAUUAGUACAACAAACGUCUGCUCCAGAGAUGAAGACUCUCUGCGGCAAGCUACAGACAAAUGAUUACUUCCACAAGAUUCAAAAUUUUCAGCGACGUUAUGACGCUGUUGCCGUAAUGUUAGUAUUUGAUGCGCAUGGCUUGGAAGAUUUCAAAGGACCAGGUUACCAUCAUCCAGACAAACCUGCUGAAUCCCCACAAGACCUGGAGUGUUAUCCGAUCGCAGUCAGCUGUCCUAUUAAGCCACUAAAUCACAUGCCAAAUGUUGUCAAGGUCAUUACAGAACGAGCAAGUGAACUGGCUGCAAUGGACAAAGUUGUAUACUACUUCAGUCCAAAGGAUCAAAGUACAUAUGUUAUGGCAUGCACAGAUCCUCGUAUGACACUGGUGGUUGUUUUUGACAGCCAGAAAGCAGAGAAAGAUAGUCACAUCACAAACUUUGUGUCUGAUCUCGCGCUACAACUCCGAUGCAAUAAAGUGUUUGCAAACCUCAAACCUAAUACGAAGUAACCAAAGUUAUCAGAAUUACAUUAGUUCCUAAGAAUAUGCUGUAUUAUGGGUUUUUAUGUGUGUGUAACAGAUAUAAAUAAUACAUUAGACUACAAACUA